AUGGUCUUGACGGCUCCGGUGAAGGUCAUUUCCAUACGCAAAACAUCCAAGUUGACUUUUAAACGACUUUCAAGGCUUCGCUCAAGGUCAUUUCCGAACAUAAAACUUCAUCAAGUUGACUUAAAUGACCUUGGAGGCUCUGGCGAAGGUCAUUUCCGAACGUAAAACUUCCAAGUUGGCUUAAAUAACCUAC